UCACAAAGAUUUGAAAGACAUGUUUGGAGUUUACGGAUAAUCAAAUAUCAUGUGUUUCUUGUAGUAGUAUUACACUUGUUAUUGCUUUUUGACGAUUUGUAUUUCAUUUCAUUAGCAUGGGCGGAUUUGAGAAUAUGUUAAUUGACAUAUAUUAGGUAAACUAUUGUCAUGCAUAUGUGAAGAUUUUUGUUCUUUAAAAAAAAUUAUGAAGCAUGUCUGAUAUUGCUUCUGAGACCGCUCAUAACCUGAAACGACCUAUAACCCGACCCGAAAUCCGAUGGGUUAGGUCAAUCCACUUGAUCCAUGAAUCCACCAAUCCAUUGAUCUAAUCUAUUUGCCACCUAGCCAAAUGAGUUCCCAGUUGUGCCACAUGCUGCUCGUCCAUGCCGCAAACGCGGAUUGUCGGAGAGGAGGUGUCGAUGGUGGGGAGAUUAGUUACCGACUUUGUUUGGUUACAUUUCUUAUAGAGUGAGGAGAGUUGUUUGAUUGUAAGUUGAAUGAGGGAUGGGAAUUGGAUGGGAGGUUGGGCAAAUUUUGAGUAUAUAUGUACUCAUCCACAGCUAAGUGGGUGAAUUUAAUCAUGAUUCACACUCACCCCAAAAUUCACCCAACCCACAUGGAUAGAUUGGCGGUAAAUGUAAUUGGAAUCAAUCUGGCGAUAAAUGUAACUCGCAUCAUGAUUAAAUUUGGUGAGAAAUAGAUGCUAACUUCUGGAUGGAUAGAUGGCUUGACAGCGGAGAAAGAUUGAUUAAUCAUGUUCAUGAAUCUGCCCAAACCAUCGAUCCUUCCCAGGCAGUGGCGGACUUUACUCUGCUGAGUGGUGAGUGGAACAUUCCCCUCCUACAAACCUUUCUUCCUAAUGAUAUGGUUUUGUAGGUAGUGGGCAUCCAACCACCUAGGAGUGACUUGGGGGAGGACCUCGCAGUCUGUGACCGGAGAGUGACGAACGGUUUCGCGUUAAAUCCGCCUACCGAAUCGCAGCAUAACUCGACGAAUUAGCACUGGAUUGGAAGACCUUCUGGCGGUGGAGAGGCCCAGCUCGCGUCAACCUCUUCCUCUGGUUAGCACCCAAAGAUCGUUUACUCACCAACAGAAAACGGCAGCGGAGACAUUUGACAAUAGACAACAUGUGCACGUACGGUCGGGAAGCUCUAGAGACAGCCAUGCAUGUGUGGCGGGACUGUCACUUUUCCAGGUUAACUUGGUUGCAUCUCAUCCAGCCUUCUGACCACGAAACAUUUUUCAGAAUGAUUCUGCAAGAUUGGCUCCUGACCAACAUCAAGAAUCAGCAUCACUGCCUUGAGUUUGGUAUUACCUGCUGGUCUCUUUGGAAGAUCAGGAAUGAUUGAGUCUUCGCGGGCAAGAUCACUUCAACUGAUGACUUUCUACAGUGCAUCGUGGCUUGGAUAAAUGACGUGCGGAAUGCCAUGGACAAGGACAGGCUCACCCAUAUGUCUAGUCAACCCAUAAGAACGGAGGUGGAUAUCUCAUGGAAGCCACCACCUCCCAAGUGGGUUCCUCUCAACACGGAUGGCUUCGUUCAUACUGACACAAACCACGCUGCUGCAUGUGGUUUGUUACGAGAUCAUACAGGAUGUUGCUUGGCAGCAGUCGCUAGCAACCUGGGUAUGUGUACCAUUACCCGGGCAGAGUUGAGAGGCGUUGUGGAAGGUCUUCAGUUGGCUUGGAACCUCGAACAUCACCGAAUUAGAGUAGACUUGGAUUCUCAGUGUGCAGUUCAGCUCCUCUCGUCGCCGGACGCGUCAGAUCAUCAACAUGCAACCAUCAUCCAUAGGUUUUCCGAGCUCCUCCGUCUUGAUUGGGAGGUGACGAUACAUCACACCUAUCGCGAGGGUAACAAUUGUGCUGAUUUUCUUGCAACCGCGGGCAUUCUAUGCCCUUAGGCACCCACUGUGUUUCAGUUUCCGAUCCUGCGUUACAUUAUUGGAUUUUGUAUAAAAGUCAGGGGAUCUCUGAACCCCGUUUGGUUUUGAAUGAAGGCAGAGAUGCGAUGCAUCCAUUUAUGAUUCGGGCCUAAUUGUACAUGUUUUCCCCCCGUUUUCCUUAGUCGUUUGUGGCAACUUCGCUCUUAAAAGGUUGGUUUUAUGCUAGGUUUCUCGUGUUUUAGUGUGUUUCAGGAUUUAACAGGUGAAACCAGCCUCGGAGUUGAAAGUUGGACAAAAAGGAGUGAAAACCGGGAGAAGAGGUGAAAAACGGCGAGUUCACGGUUUUCCUUGGCUGUUCAGAGUCUUGUAUGACCGUGAAUAAGAGCCAUUAGCGGUGAACUUUGAGGCGUCCAGAUCCAAAAUGCAAGUUACUGACGCCAAUUGAGUUCGCGGUCGCUAAGACCGUGAACAUGAGAGGUUGGCCGUGAACAGUGAAAGCAAAGUGGUGCGUUUCGGCACCCAUCUUCGGUUCACAGACGCGUUUCAGAGUUCACGGCCGUGAACCUAGACCGUUCACUGUUUAAAAGCUGAGCUGAAAGGAAGCGAGAGGGGAGAGCCCACUUGAGUGAGAAAGCCUUCUUCUAAUUUCUAAAGAGAGAAACACGAACCAAAGAAGAAGGCGGCUAGGGUUUUGCUCCAAGGUGGAUUUUGGGAAGAUUUUCUCCAAGGAAAGUUCAACACAAGGGCCGAAGAUUGGAAGCCUCCUCCAAGAUGGUUUCUACCUCUUCUCCUUGAGUUUCUCGAAUUUCUAGCAUGGAGUAGAUUUCUUUUCACUUGGGUGUUGUGAAACCCUAACUCUACCAUGUAGUUUUCUUUUAUGUGAAUUGAAUGAUUGUCAUUGGUAUUGUUUAAUUCAAAUGUUUGAGGUAUUAUUCAUCUUGAUUGUGCAUGUUUGUACUUAGCAUCGUUAGGUUUGUGCAUGAUUGGUGCUUAGCAACCUAAGGAUUGUGCAUGUCUAUGCUUAGCAAUCUAAUUAGCCACUUAACCUAGACUAGAGAGGGAAACCCCCCCUUCCAAGGGAGUCUCAAUUGAGUUGGUAUCCCUAGGGCUAUUUAAGUCUUCUAACUAGGUUAAUUUAGGGCAAACCUCAAUAUUGGAUUAAGAAAUUUGGUUAAGCGCGAUUAAGCCGUCCAACCCUUGGGUUGAGUGAGGGAGUAAGUCAACCAUUGAUUUCCUAAACCGAGAGGGCCUAGUGACAGCCUAUAAUGCAUGCCUUGGUUUAGCAAUCAUGAGCGUGGUCUACGACCAUAUUUGCGUCCCCUAGCGGUUAGCGAUCACCUUGCCCAUAUCAAUUGUUUGUACCAUCUAGCUUCGGUAUGAACAAUGAUAUUUGUUGUGUGGGUCGACUCAUCAUCCGUUCGUCUGAUCUCGUCGGGAGGGAGAGAACCUGUGAAAAAGCGGGGGUUGCCCCCCGGAUUAAGCUCCGACGAUCAAGUCAGUUUAUGUUUAAGGUGAAGAGAGUUGAGAGAAUAGAUAGAGAGAUAAAGUGUAGGGAGAUAGUAGAGAGUGGAAAGUGAGGAGAGAGAAGAAGUCCCCCUCUUUGGAGGGCUUCAAGCCCUUAUAUACCUGUAGCGGGUACCGAGUGUUGCCAUUGCCGAUUGUGCGCUCUACUACUUAGUCUGUGCACGAAGUAUUUAGUAACACCCCCAACAAUUGCCCCCCAAGCUGGUGGUGAGUUUUAACUCAUCGCUAGCUUAUAUAUAUAUUUAUAUUUUUUUUAAAUCUUCGUCGGUAAUUCUGGGUGGAGCCCUAUGUACCCCAGUUGUCCCCCAGCUGGUGGCGCGUUUCACUGAUGCGGUGCCAGCUUCUUGCGUCUUGCCCGCCAGUUCGUGUAUUCCAUUAAGGCGUGUAGCCCCCCAUUAGCGCCAUUAACGCUCAGUAAAGUAAAAUAUUUCAAUAUUUAAUAAUGAUAGAGGGACAGAGUACUUAGCUUUAUGUUGGCGAAGCGGCUCGAAGAGUUGUUAAAAUAAGAGUGUUGCGUCUAAGGCUCACAAGGCGCGUGUGCAGCCUACUGGUGAUGUUAUUUGUCUGGCGGAGGAAGGACGAGAGUUCAAUUCCUGGCGUCGGCAAUAAUAUUUUUGACGCGGGUAGUGAGACCAAGUUGGACUUGGCGCGGUUGCCUUGUGGGUCGGGGCUUGACGCGGAGCGGAUCGGGCGACUUCGUUGGAGGGCCGCGAGCUGAUGGUCCCGAGACGCUUUAGUGGUGAAGAGUGAGCCUUAGCUAGCUUUAUGUUCGCGCAGUGGCGGCAAAGAGUAAUAAAUUCAAGUGUCGCGCAUUUGAUGCGUAAGCUUUUGAUGUAGCGCAUUGGUAUGAAUGCUGAUGUUGUGAACUCAGGGGCACGGGUUCGAAUCUUCCCAACCCUGCUUUUUUGUUGACUUAAUGGUCGCAGUUCUGUGGCGGGCCGAGAGCCGCGAAAGGGCCCGUGCGCGUGAGGAGCGGCGCAGAUCGCGAUCCGGGACCUGGGCCACGAGAUGGAGUUGGGCGGGGGCCUGGGCCGCGCGAGUGUGGGCUGGCACGGUGAAAAUGGAUACGGGUGACUCAGGAGAGUAGCGGCUGGGCUCUCCUCUCUGUCAUCAUCAUUUUUUUUUCGUCGAACUGAGUGGGCGCGAAUAGUUCGUGACUAUUGCUAUUUUUUGUUCCGUGGAACUGAGUGGGCGCGGAUAGUUCGUGACUAUUGCUGUUUUUUGUUCCGUGGAAUUGAGUGAGUGCGAAUAGUUCGUGACUAUUGCUAUUUUUUGUUCCGUGGAACUGAGUGGGCGCGAAUAGCUCGUGACUAUUGCUAUUUUUUGUUACGUGGAACUGAGUGGGCGCGAAUAGUUCGUGACUAUUGCUAUUUUUUGUUCCGUGGAACUGAGUGGGCGCGAAUAGUUCGUGACUAUUGCUAUUUUUUGUUCCGUGGAACUGAGUGGGCGCGGAUAGUUCGUGACUAUUGCGACUUUUUGUUCCGUGGAACUGAGUGGGCGCGAAUAGUUCGUGACUAUUGCGACUUUUUGUUCCGUGGAACUGAGUGGGCGCGAAUAGUUCAUGACUAUUGCUAUUUUUUUUUUAUCCGUGGAACUGAGCGGGCGCGAAUAGUUCGUGACUAUUGCGACUUUUUGUUCCGUGGAACUGAGUGGGCGUGAGUAGUUAAACAUCAGACGCCGCGCCAUUGAAACACACGGUCCGCAUGUAGCCUUCUGGCAAUCUUGCUUGUUUGGCAAAGAGGUGGCGCGGGUUCAAGUGUUGCCGGCAACGAAAAUAUUUUUAAUGCGAAGCGGAGCUUGGACUUGGUGGGCAGGGGAACGCGAGCGAGCUAGUUGUGCGGGCCGCCAGAUGCAAGGUUGGGGCGCGGGUCUUUGGCGAAGCGGCCGGAUGUAAUGAGUAGCUACGAGUUGAGGAUCUGCGCGGGCUGAGCCUGGCGGCGGCCCAUCCGUGCGGCUUGGGAGCGGGCCCGAGCUGGGCUGGCGUGCCCGGGCAGGCCCGCAAGUGGUUUGCUGCCCAUCUUUCGUGAGUGGGCCGCGAACUUGGAGUUGGACUUCCGGGCUUCGUUGCGCCGAAGUGGCGGCUCGGUUUAGGGGCUGACCCGCGAGUUCAUAGCGCGCGGGCUAUAGCCGCGAGUGGGCUGGGGCAGUUCAGUGUGACGUGAUGGGCCACGAGCUCUAGUUGGGCAUUACCACAUGUGGCACGAGACAGGCGGUGAGGUGGGCCGCGAGUUUCCCGAGAGCCCAUAUUGCGCGUUGCUGUUGAGGCGAGUCAGAGUGAAUAAAUAGGGCGCUUGCGC